CCUGGUCACAACAGUGUUUCUUGGUCUUCAAAUACAGCUAGACAACCUGUAAAGACGUUCCAUUCCUCUCCAGUCUUGGCCAGAAGCAGGUUCACUUGCCAUUGGUCACUGACUUCCAGCUCUUUCCUCUAACAGAAAUGAGGUCCUGGUUACCUUUCUGUGCCAUUCUUCUGACCUUCUUCAUCUCUGAUGCCUGUUCCCAAACAUGCCUUUGUGCCCAUGGCUUUUGUCAGACAGGGUGGGUCCAGUAUAAGGAUGCUUGCUAUAAAGCCGUGAUGGAACGGAAGAACUGGAAUGAAGCUGAGAUGGGUUGCCUGAGUUAUGGCAGGAAUUCCCACCUAGCCUCCAUCCACAGUGCGGAAGAAAAUGACUUCAUUUUUCACUUGAUGGGCAAGCCACUGAAUUACGUUGAGGGAAAGGCCUACUGGAUUGGCGCUCAUGAUCUUUUCCAGGAGGGAAGCUUUACAUGGACAGAUGGUUCUGAGUUUGAUUACAAGAUAUUUCCUCCCAAUCAACCUGAUGGACUGGCAGGAGAACACUACCUCGGGUCCUGGAUUUUGCAAAAUGGGUUUGUCACCUGGAAUGACUAUGACGUUUCAUGGCGAUUCCCAUCUGUCUGCAAGUACUACUUGGGAAAUAGCUGGAAGCAGCAGCAGCAGCGGAGCUUUUACGAGAGCUGUGCAAACUUCUGCAAAGUGUCGCAAGACCAGCAUGAAUUCCUGCAAGAGCCUCAUGAGGUCUUGUGA